CUUAUGGAUAAGGAUGGUUUCUUGGAUUUGAAGCAAGUUGAAUACUGGGUUGAUGAAUGGAAAGUUGGUUCCUUCUUGGAUUCUCCCGGUAACCACGGAGGAAAGUACCAGGUCUACUCUCCCGAGCGGUUCACUGAGAUUGUGGAUAGUAUCCAGAAGGUUGCUCUUGAGCACGGUCCCAAGAUCCCUAUGAUUUACGGUUUGGACUCUGUCCACGGUGCCAACUAUGUCAACGGUGCCGUCUUGUUCCCUCAACCAACUUCCACUGCUGCCACCUUCAACCCCAAGCAUGCUUACGAAUCCAGCCGUAUUGCUGCCAAGGACACUAGAGCUGUCGGUAUUCCAUGGAUCUUCUGUCCAUGCCUUGACUUGAACGUUGAAAAGAUCUGGGCUAGGAACUAUGAAAACUUUGGUGAGGAUCCUCAUUUGACCAGUGAGAUGGCUGUUGCCUCCGUCAAGGGGUUGCAGGGUAACUACAAGAAGGAUCGCAACCGCGUUGCUGCCUGCAUGAAGCACUGGAUCGCCUAUGGCAAGCCCAACAACGGCAAAGACCGUGGCUCUGCUUGGAUCCCAGACAACUUUUUGUUGGAGUACUUUGUUCCUCCUUUCCAAGCCGCAACUGAUGCAGGUGUUGCUUCUGCCAUGGAGUCUUUCUCCGAUAUCAAUGGUCAACCUGUUCCCACAUCUGAAUUCUAUGUUGAAACCCUUCUCAGAGAACACGUUGGCUUUAAGGGGCUUAUCGUUACUGACUGGGGUGAUCUCUGGCGUUUGUAUCAAGAUCACCAAACCGCCAAGGGUGAAUAUGAUGCCACCUGGCAAACCGUCAAGAACACUUCUUUGGAUAUGUCCAUGGUUCCUGACAAUGGCAACUUCUCUGAGGCUCUUUUGCACUUGGUUGAGACUGGUCGCAUCCCAGAGAGCAAGAUUGAUAGUGCCGCUGCUCGCGUUCUUCAAUUGAAGAAGGAUGUUGGUUUGUUCGAACAGCCAUACGCUGACAAGUCUUUGCACACCACUGUCGGAUCCAAGCAGGAUGUUGCACUUGCCAUCGAUGCUGCUCGUGAAUCCGUCACCUUGUUGGUCAACAAGGAUAAUGCUCUUCCCUUAAAGAAGGAACAAAAGGUGGUUGUGGUCGGUCCUGCUGGUAACAGCAUCUCAUUCCAAAACGGAGGUUGGUCACUUCGAUGGCAAGGAUCUCUUGGUAAUGAGGAGUACUAUGGUGGACGUGGUAUCACCAUCGUGGAUGGUAUCGAACAAGUCACCGGCACUCGCCCUGAAUAUGUUCGCGGCCCUGACAUCGAUGGCAAAUGGACUCAAGAAGAGCGUGAUCAAGUUGUUGCUGCCGUCAAGGAUGCUGAGAAGGUCAUUGUUGCCCUUGGUGAAAACACUUACGCCGAGUUUGGUGGUAACAUUGAUGACUUGACCACUAGUGAAGGUCAGCUUGAGCUUGUUCGUUUGAUCAAGGAAUCUUCCAAGGCCGAUAUCAUUACUGUUCUUGUCCAAGUCCGACCACGUCUCUUGAAGGACAUUCCUGAAUUGUCUUCUGCUAUCUUGAAUGCCUACUUGCCAGGCUCAUGGGGUGGUUUGGCCAUUGCCGAAAUCAUCUUUGGUGAAGUCAACCCCAGCGGUCGAUUGCCAUUCACCUAUCCCAAGCACGGCUCUCAAAGCAAUGUGACCUACUGGCAGGGUGUUUACAACUACUUCAACAUCAACGGUGGUGAAGAAUCCUAUUACUCACCUGAAUUCCCCUUCGGUUAUGGUUUCGGAUACUCUGAAAUCACCUACUCUGACAUCGAAUUGUCCUCCAAUACCCUAGAGCUUGAUGGUUCAUCCAUUGAAGUGUCCGUCAAGGUCAAGAACGACGGUUCUUAUCCCGCCAAGGAGCCUGUUCUUCUCUACACUACCCAAUCCAUUCGUCCUGGAUAUGCUCCUGACGCAUACCGACUCCGUGCCUUCGAGAAAGUUGACCUUGCCGUUGGCGAAGAGAAGACCGUCAAGUUUAAGCUCUCACGAAAGGACAUUGAGUACUACCAGAGAGAUUUGAAGAAGCACGCUGAUGAAGGUGUCAACUUCACCAUCACCAUCAACGCCUAUCAAAAGAACGCUCGCAAGGCCAGAUUUGUCACUGGCGGUGCUUACGAAUUUACCAGAUAAAUAAUUAUUUUAUUACCUUACUUCUUUAUGUUUAUUCUUUAUGUUUAUGUAUCUUAUAUGAUUAAGAAGACAAAACAUUGCUGUCAAUACAAUCCAAAAUGUCAUCACACACAUACACAUAUAAGCCUUGCUGUUGGCGUGUCUUCAUUCUUGCUGUAUUAUGU